AUGGAUCCAACAGUGGCCAUAAGAAGGGCCAUUUUAGUUCCAACAAAUAAUAUUAGCCAUUCCAUUAAUAAAAGAGUUUUGCAAACAUUAGAGGGCCCGAGCAAAACUUACUGUAGCGCUGACUGUGUCGAUACAACGGAUGACCCGGCAGCCGAAAUGGUGAAUUACACUAUCGAAUUUCUAAAUUCAUUAACUCCCAGUAGCAGUGGACUUCCGCCACACAAAUUGGUCCUAAAAGAAGGCGCCGUAAUAAUUCUUUUGCGCAAUUUAAACCUAAAAACAGGUUUGUGCAAUGGUACUAGAUUAAUUGUUCGUUUAUUGGGGAACCAGUACAUAGACGCUGAAAAAACCGACAGUAGUGGCAGACCUACUGGAGAACGAGUUUUUAUUCCCCGUAUAGACCUCAAAACAGGAGGUGACACGUUACCACUUAAAUUAAAAAGAAGGCAAUUUCCCGUUCAGUUAGCUUAUACCAUGACAAUUCAUAAAUCGCAGGGACAGACCUUCAACCGAAUGGGUAUCUAUCUGGAGGAACCCGUAUUUACUCACGGACAACUCUAUGUAGCUUUUUCGUGA